UCGAUCCAGAGACAGGUAACUUUAGAGUGGCUCAUUGUCCCUCUGAUCAGCCCUAUAUAAAUCCCUCGGCGCAUAGGGAGCUCACCACACGCCUUACCUCCACCUCCAGCAUCCAACACUCACACUCUAACCUUAAGUGGACUAUGUCGCUCACGUCCAUCCUCUCCGCUGAUGCCAUCGACAGCGCUAUCAAGGACUGCCAAGCACCAGAUUCCUUCAAUUAUAAGAAGUUCUUCCAGUUGUGUGGUCUCUCCAAAAAAAGUCCCCAGGAAAUAAAGACCGUCUUUGGCAUUAUUGACAACGACGGCAAUGGCUACAUUGAGGAUAAUGAGCUCAGAUACUUCCUGCAGAGCUUUUCAUCUGGAGCUCGUGAGCUGACCGAUAAGGAGACUAAGACCAUACUAGCAGCAGCUGAUGAUGAUGGUGAUGGCAAGAUUGGAGUUGCAGAAUUCCAGGCCAUGGUGCUCUCCUGAAUGGACAUAGUUCAGUUUAAGAAUUUUCUUCCUUGUUAUGUUAUUCUGGCUUAUAUUAAUUUCUGAAAGCCCCUUAUGAUACAGAACCAAAACAGACCAGUUUACACUUGAUUUGUAAAUACCUGCAAAGAGAUGAAAUCCAAAUCAUCUCCACAGUGUACAACUGAUACAUAAAUAAUUUUCGGUAAAUAAAUAAAUAAAUAAAUGAAUAAACUUUA